AUGAAUAGCUCAGGGCCAAACUCCGCCCCACGCCAGCCACGGUUGGAGCGCUUCAACACGGCGCCCGAGGAUCCUAUAGAAGAAGGCCUCGUCCAGCCAGUUGCUGUGUCGCCGCAGUCCACUCGCGUCAACAUGAACCGCUCAUCUGCAUCCACCUACUCAGUCGUCUCCAAGCAAUCAAUACCGCCGCCUGGCUCCGUCCUCACGGGCAAACAAGAGCAUUACCUCAAGCGCGAACUCAUCUCACAACAGACGGAAUGGGAAAUCUCAGAGCUGGCCUCCGAGACGGCCCUACAACGCUUCGGCGCCCCCUUCAAGUCAGAUGCUGGCGAGGUCGCACCAGAGGACUCGGAGCUGCCUCUGCUGCGCUACAUGUUUGUCCACCAUGUCCGCAACUUUCCCUUUCUCGAUAGAGCAAGAGAAAAGGAGUUUUGGCAAGACAAGUUGCAGACGGUGANNUUCCUCGAGUCGUUUGCGACCAAGCGCAUAUCCUCAUCCGAAGACCGCCUAGAAGAGACAAAACGACGCAAGCUUGCCGUCAAAGCCCAGAAGCUGGUAGAACUCAUGAUGGUAUCUGGACUGCCGACCGCAUCUGGCUACGAAGAGCGCAUUCGCUUCUCAGAAAUGGAAGUCGUCGAUCGACAAGCCAACGAGGAAGGUCUAGCAUUGAAUGUACCCGAGGGACACCAAAUAAACGGCUGGGAUGUCAACGUCGCCUCUGUACGGACCACCAGUGUCAAGAGACAUGUACGCCAUCAUGCACAUGCCGAGUUUCUGCUCCGCGUUAAGCGCCAGGGCAAGCCUGAGAUCUACGUUGGAAGGAGAUACAGCGAGUUUGCACAAAUGCACAAGAGACUUCGUCUCGAGAUUCCAGGAAAGGUACUGCCGCCACUACCUCGCAAGAACCACUCCAGCUCGCUAUACACCAAGGACGACGACGAUGACGAUUCCAUCUCCUCUGUUUCGACUCAAGACGUGAAAGAGGCUGCCUCUCACGACGAGCCUGCGCCAGCCAGCAGUGGCUUCCGCAGCUAUCUGCCCAACCCAUUUGGCGGCGGUCACCGUAGAACUGCUUCGCGCUCAAGUCAAACAGCAUCCCCUCGUGCUUCCAUGGACGCAUCCUCAACGACGGGCCUGAGAUUCGGCCGCAAAUCAGGAGACUUUAGCAGAGACCAUUCACCACCGAAAGUCCUAUACAGAGAAGAACAGCGCGUCUCACUACGAGCCUUCCUUCGCAACUUCCUGCAGAAUGAGAGCAUUGCCAACAGCAACGCUAUGAACGAAUUCUUGACCGGCAAUGUUAUCAGAAUCAACGAGGAAGAGAUGGAAGACGUCAAGAGACGUAUCGAGAUGGACGAGAAGCGCAUCGAGGAACAACGGCGCUUCUAUGAGAUUGCUCGUCAAAGAGCCAGGGAGCUUGACGUUCACAUGGAGAAGUUCAGGAGAGAAGUCGUCGAGAGCAAUGGUUUGACAAAGCUGUUUGCCGAGGUCAAGCAAAAGAACACGAUCGCAGAGCUGUCUCCCGAGUACAAGAAGUUUGCCGAAUGGCUUCGUAUCGAGGUGGCAGCUGUGAUUUACCACUUGUUCCUGGCCGAAGACAACAGUCCCGAACUGUUCGCCCAAGCAAAACGCAUUCACUCCUUGAUACCCUACACUGCACUCAAGCAGGUCAUUCGCUUUGCAAACCCGGCUGCUGUCAUGGCUGGUGUGCUCGACCUAUUCCUCGCUCAGCCUUUCGGCGCCAAAUCAUUACUUCAACGCAUCUUCUCCUUGGCACUAGGAGACAGCAUCAGAACUGUUCAGAAAAGUAUCGACGGAUUGGCUGCCAAGAUCGAUGAGCCUGUGUUCUGCGAAAAGAUCAAGAAUUACAACCAGUGCGACCAGGAUCUCAAGGACGCCAUUCGAAGAGAAGCUGAACAAGAUGACAUUGAUCUUCUUGUGGCCAUCCUUCGCAGCGAAGACAUCAAACCAGAGUUGAAGCCCGAGGAGAUUGGAAAAGCUUUCAACGCUUAUGUGGCAUGGAACAGUGCAGUCGAGAACAUUGACGAGGAGCUAAGAUCAGGUGCCGAGACAUUUGCUCACUUGAAGCAAUUACUGAAGCUCUACACGCGCCAACGGGAUAAGACUAUGAUGUUGCGAAUGAUCGAAGAGCCCACAACCCUGCAACUCUUCCGCGAUCUCUUCACUAUCUUCUACGAGCCUCUUGUAAGAGUCUACAAGUCGGCCAACGUCUACAAUAGCAUCAGCGAUUUCGCCCGCUUCAUGGAUGAUAUGAUCUCCGUGGUGGAGAAGUGUCAACGACAAGACGUUUCCGCCGAUCCUAACCAGACGGUCCAAGCCUUUAUCGACCUGUGCGCAAGACACGAAGACUCGUUCUACAAGUUUGUACACGAAGUACAUCUUCACGAUAAUGGCUUGUUCGACCAACUCAUGGGCUGGAUCGAAGGCAUUCUUUCAUUCCUUCGCAAUGGUCCUCGCGGUGGCGGUAAACUGGACAUGAACGCCCUCUUCCAAGGAGCCGUUGAGAUGCGACAGAUCGACAAAGACGCUGCUGUACGCGAGAUAAACUCUCUGAUCAAGUGGCAAGAAAAGCGCAAGAAGUGGCACCAAGACAAGACACGCCAAAAGAUGGCCACAGGCGACGCUCCCAGCGGCGUGCCCGACAGCGGCGCCUCCGACCUCAUCAAAUCAUUCAAGCCUGACGACUUUGGCCUCAACGCUCUGGACAUUCAAGACCUCAAUGACGAUGAAGACGAGUACAGCUCUACGGAUGACGAUGAGGAAGACGCCGAUCCCAUUGCUGCGGAGAGGAAGCGCAGGGCCAGAAGACAGGACUUCCUUAGGAGGAGUGCUGGCGAGCCCGUCAAGCCUGACAUCGUCGAGGUUACAAAGAUGCGUGAAGGCUUUNUGAGCAUGCUGAGGAUGGUUUUGGCCGAGUAG